CUGAUCAGCUGUUCCGCCGGCCAGGAGACACACCUUCCGCAUAAAAAAGGUGUUUUCCCAGCUUUUGGGGUUUUGUAGCUUAUCCCUGCGUGCGUUGCAACGAGCUAGAGGUUCGGCAAUCACAUCAGCGGCCCUCUAACAAUCGAUCGAGAUAAGCGAUGAUGGGAAUCAAUUCAAUCCGGCACACAAUACCCGCCCAGUAAUCGUUUCGUUGUAGACCACGCAAGAUGUUGCUGUUUCUAGUGGGCUUAUCGUUGGCACUCGGUCUGCUGUGGCUCUAUCAACACUUUCAGCAGCGAUAUCAGUUCUGGGCAAAACUCGAUGUCCCGUAUCCGGAACCGACGUUCCCGGUAGGAAACGUUGGCGACACCCUGAAACCCACCAUCCACUUUGCGUACAUUAUCGAUCGUUUGUACCGCGAGCUGAAACAUCACGGAGACUACGUCGGUAUCUACUUCUUCCGCGAUCCGGUUCUGUUGGUGCUUUCGCCCGACUUUGCCCGCACGAUUCUGGUGAAGGAUUUCAAUUACUUCGUCGACCGCGGCGUGUACAGCAAUGAGGCGGUGGAUCCGCUCUCCGCCAACCUUUUCUUCAUGGAAGGCAACCGAUGGCGCCAGCUGCGAGCGAAGCUUACACCAACCUUUACCUCCGGCAAGCUGAAAGCGAUGUUUCACACUAUCGUCGACGUUGGAAUGCGACUCGAUCGAUAUCUGGCGGACCGUUGCAUAGGCCCCGCAGCACAGCGAGUGGAUGUGAAAGAGCUGCUGGCGCGCUUCAUGACCGACGUCAUCGGUUCAUGUGCGUUCGGUAUCGAGUGUAACAGCUUGGACAAUCCUGACUCACGAUUCCGCCUGAUGGGUAAACGGAUGAUCAAUCUGCCCAAACUGAAGGCACUCAAGGUGUUCUUCGCGAUGAUGUUUCGACGACAGGCUCGAGCACUUGGCAUCCGGUUCAACGAUAAGGAUGUGUCGGACUUUUUCUUCUCCGUCGUACGCGAUACGAUCCGAUACAGGGAGGAGAGCGGAAUCAGGCGAAACGAUUUCAUGCAGCUGCUGAUCGAUAUGAUGCGGAAAGAUAAAAGCGAAAGUGGCGUUAACAAUGAAGGGCUUAGCUUCGAGGAGAUUGCCGCACAAGCGUUUGUCUUUUUCUUCGCUGGAUUCGAAACAUCGGCCACCACGAUGACGUGCGCACUGCAUCUGCUCGCUAACCAUCCGGCGGAACAGGACAAAGGACGCCAGUGUGUACAGGAAGUGCUGGCCAAACACGACGGACAGCUUACGUACGAAGCCAUCAUGGAGAUGGAGUACAUCGAGUGCAUCAUCAACGAAACCUUGCGGCUGUAUCCACCGGUAGCAACACUUCACCGCAUCACAACUCAACCUUACCGGUUACCAAAUGGCAAAGUGCUCCCAACCGGAGUGGGAGUGAUCAUUCCCAACCUAGCCUUCCAACACGAUGCCACCAACUUUCCCGAACCGUUUCAAUUCUCUCCGACUCGAUUCACUGAGAAGAAAGGUGAAUCGAAACCAAAUUUUAGCUUCCUACCGUUCGGAGAAGGGCCACGGAUCUGCAUUGGAAUGCGGUUCGGAUUGUUGCAAACGCGGCUAGGAUUGGCGAUGCUAUUGCGAAACUACCGGUUCGGCGUUCCGGAAGGUGCAGCAAACCACCGCCUGGAGAUUGAUCCAAUCAAUUUAAUUCACGGACCAGCGGGAGAAGUUUGGCUAGAGGUCGAACGCAUUACCGAAGCGUAAACAAAUAGAAAGUAGAUGGCAAAUGGGACAACCGGGAUCUUUAAGAUCCAUCAAAGAUUGUAUUAAGCACAACGGCACUACCUCGAACGUUUUUAAAAUGUUUUCUGACUUACGUUUAAAUACAUUAAUUCAUUAAUCAUUUUA